GAACCAUACUACAAGAACAGCCAUGCAUGUGUAGUGCUGAGAGUCUGUAUGUGCAAGCAGACAUGCAUAGCAUGUGCACAUGCACUCACCAGCAGCGCAGGCGCUCACCUGGUGAGGCGAGGGGUGGGGGCAGAUGGCAGCGUGCAGGGCACUGGCGCACUGACUGCGGCGAGGGAGAAGAGAGUGGGGAGAGGGAGGACGGCGGAGUGACGCAUGGUGAUGGCUUCAGUGGUGGGAGGCGGAAGCAAGCACAACAGACGGCCACACGGAUGAGCAUGCGCGGAGAUGACCAUGACAUGUUUCCUUCCACACCCAUGGACCAUGACAUGUUUCCUUCCACACCCAUGGACCAUGACAUGUUUCCUUCCACACCCAUGGACCAUGACAUGUUUCCUCCCACACCCAUGGACCAUGACAUGUUUCCUUCCACACCCAUGGACCAUGACAUGUUUCCUCCCACACCCAUGGACCAUGACAUGUUUCCUUCCACACCCAUGGACCAUGACAUGUUUCCUUCCACACCCAUGGACCAUGACAUGUUUCCUUCCACACCCAUGGACCAUGACAUGUUUCCUUCCACACCCAUGGACCAUGACAUGUUUCCUUCCACACCCAUGGACCAUGACAUGUUUCCUUCCACACCCAUGGACCAUGACAUGUUUCCUUCCACACCCAUGGACCAUGACAUGUUUCCUCCCACACCCAUGGACCAUGACAUGUUUCCUCCCACACCCAUGGACCAUGACAUGUUUCCUUCCACACCCAUGGACCAUGACAUGUUUCCUUCCACACCCAUGGACCAUGACAUGUUUCCUUCCACACCCAUGGACCAUGACAUGUUUCCUCCCACACCCAUGGACCAUGACAUGUUUCCUCCCACACCCAUGGACCAUGACAUGUUUCCUCCCACACCCAUGGACCAUGACAUGUUUCCUCCCACACCCAUGGACCAUGACAUGUUUCCUUCCACACCCAUGGACCAUGACAUGUUUCCUUCCACACCCAUGGACCAUGACAUGUUUCCUCCCACACCCAUGGACCAUGACAUGUUUCCUCCCACACCCAUGGACCAUGACAUGUUUCCUUCCACACCCAUGGACCAUGACAUGUUUCCUUCCACACCCAUGGACCAUGACAUGUUUCCUUCCACACCCAUGGACCAUGACAUGUUUCUUCCCACACCCAUGGACCAUGACAUGUUUCUUCCCACACCCAUGGACCAUGACAUGUUUCCUUCCACACCCAUGGACCAUGACAUGUUUCCUCCCACACCCAUGGACCAUGACAUGUUUCCUUCCACACCCAUGGACCACGACAUGUUUCCUUCCACACCCAUGGACCAUGACAUGUUUCCUUCCACACCCAUGGACCAUGACAUGUUUCCUUCCACACCCAUGGACCAUGACAUGUUUCCUCCCACACCCAUGGACCAUGACAUGUUUCCUUCCACACCCAUGGACCAUGACAUGUUUCCUCCCACACCCAUGGACCAUGACAUGUUUCCUUCCACACCCAUGGACCAUGACAUGUUUCCUUCCACACCCAUGGACCAUGACAUGUUUCCUUCCACACCCAUGGACCAUGACAUGUUUCCUUCCACACCCAUGGACCAUGACAUGUUUCCUUCCACACCCAUGGACCAUGACAUGUUUCCUUCCACACCCAUGGACCAUGACAUGUUUCCUUCCACACCCAUGGACCAUGACAUGUUUCCUCCCACACCCAUGGACCAUGACAUGUUUCCUCCCACACCCAUGGACCAUGACAUGUUUCCUUCCACACCCAUGGACCAUGACAUGUUUCCUUCCACACCCAUGGACCAUGACAUGUUUCCUUCCACACCCAUGGACCAUGACAUGUUUCCUCCCACACCCAUGGACCAUGACAUGUUUCCUCCCACACCCAUGGACCAUGACAUGUUUCCUUCCACACCCAUGGACCAUGACAUGUUUCCUUCCACACCCAUGGACCAUGACAUGUUUCCUCCCACACCCAUGGACCAUGACAUGUUUCCUCCCACACCCAUGGACCAUGACAUGUUUCCUUCCACACCCAUGGACCAUGACAUGUUUCCUUCCACACCCAUGGACCAUGACAUGUUUCCUUCCACACCCAUGGACCAUGACAUGUUUCUUCCCACACCCAUGGACCAUGACAUGUUUCUUCCCACACCCAUGGACCAUGACAUGUUUCCUUCCACACCCAUGGACCAUGACAUGUUUCCUCCCACACCCAUGGACCAUGACAUGUUUCCUUCCACACCCAUGGACCAUGACAUGUUUCCUUCCACACCCAUGGACCAUGACAUGUUUCCUUCCACACCCAUGGACCAUGACAUGUUUCCUUCCACACCCAUGGACCAUGACAUGUUUCCUUCCACACCCAUGGACCAUGACAUGUUUCCUUCCACACCCAUGGACCAUGACAUGUUUCCUCCCACACCCAUGGACCAUGACAUGUUUCCUUCCACACCCAUGGACCAUGACAUGUUUCCUUCCACACCCAUGGACCAUGACAUGUUUCCUUCCACACCCAUGGACCAUGACAUGUUUCUUCCCACACCCAUGGACCAUGACAUGUUUCCUUCCACACCCAUGGACCAUGACAUGUUUCCUUCCACACCCAUGGACCAUGACAUGUUUCCUUCCACACCCAUGGACCAUGACAUGUUUCUUCCCACACCCAUGGACCAUGACAUGUUUCUUCCCACACCCAUGGACCAUGACAUGUUUCCUUCCACACCCAUGGACCAUGACAUGUUUCCUUCCACACCCAUGGACCAUGACAUGUUUCCUUCCACACCCAUGGACCAUGACAUGUUUCCUUCCACACCCAUGGACCAUGACAUGUUUCCUUCCACACCCAUGGACCAUGACAUGUUUCCUCCCACACCCAUGGACCAUGACAUGUUUCCUUCCACACCCAUGGACCAUGACAUGUUUCCUUCCACACCCAUGGACCAUGACAUGUUUCCUUCCACACCCAUGGACCAUGACAUGUUUCCUCCCACACCCAUGGACCAUGACAUGUUUCCUUCCACACCCAUGGACCAUGACAUGUUUCCUUCCACACCCAUGGACCAUGACAUGUUUCCUUCCACACCCAUGGACCAUGACAUGUUUCCUUCCACACCCAUGGACCAUGACAUGUUUCCUUCCACACCCAUGGACCAUGACAUGUUUCCUCCCACACCCAUGGACCAUGACAUGUUUCCUCCCACACCCAUGGACCAUGACAUGUUUCCUUCCACACCCAUGGACCAUGACAUGUUUCCUUCCACACCCAUGGACCAUGACAUGUUUCCUUCCACACCCAUGGACCAUGACAUGUUUCCUCCCACACCCAUGGACCAUGACAUGUUUCCUCCCACACCCAUGGACCAUGACAUGUUUCCUUCCACACCCAUGGACCAUGACAUGUUUCCUUCCACACCCAUGGACCAUGACAUGUUUCCUCCCACACCCAUGGACCAUGACAUGUUUCCUUCCACACCCAUGGACCAUGACAUGUUUCCUUCCACACCCAUGGACCAUGACAUGUUUCCUUCCACACCCAUGGACCAUGACAUGUUUCCUCCCACACCCAUGGACCAUGACAUGUUUCCUUCCACACCCAUGGACCAUGACAUGUUUCCUUCCACACCCAUGGACCAUGACAUGUUUCCUUCCACACCCAUGGACCAUGACAUGUUUCCUCCCACACCCAUGGACCAUGACAUGUUUCCUUCCACACCCAUGGACCAUGACAUGUUUCCUUCCACACCCAUGGACCAUGACAUGUUUCCUUCCACACCCAUGGACCAUGACAUGUUUCCUCCCACACCCAUGGACCAUGACAUGUUUCCUUCCACACCCAUGGACCAUGACAUGUUUCCUUCCACACCCAUGGACCAUGACAUGUUUCCUUCCACACCCAUGGACCAUGACAUGUUUCCUUCCACACCCAUGGACCAUGACAUGUUUCCUUCCACACCCAUGGACCAUGACAUGUUUCCUUCCACACCCAUGGACCAUGACAUGUUUCUUCCCACACCCAUGGACCAUGACAUGUUUCUUCCCACACCCAUGGACCAUGACAUGUUUCCUUCCACACCCAUGGACCAUGACAUGUUUCCUUCCACACCCAUGGACCAUGACAUGUUUCCUUCCACACCCAUGGACCAUGACAUGUUUCUUCCCACACCCAUGGACCAUGACAUGUUUCUUCCCACACCCAUGGACCAUGACAUGUUUCCUCCCACACCCAUGGACCAUGACAUGUUUCCUUCCACACCCAUGGACCAUGACAUGUUUCCUUCCACACCCAUGGACCAUGACAUGUUUCCUCCCACACCCAUGGACCAUGACAUGUUUCCUUCCACACCCAUGGACCAUGACAUGUUUCCUUCCACACCCAUGGACCAUGACAUGUUUCCUUCCACACCCAUGGACCAUGACAUGUUUCCUUCCACACCCAUGGACCAUGACAUGUUUCCUCCCACACCCAUGGACCAUGACAUGUUUCCUUCCACACCCAUGGACCAUGACAUGUUUCCUUCCACACCCAUGGACCAUGACAUGUUUCCUUCCACACCCAUGGACCAUGACAUGUUUCUUCCCACACCCAUGGACCAUGACAUGUUUCCUCCCACACCCAUGGACCAUGACAUGUUUCCUUCCACACCCAUGGACCAUGACAUGUUUCCUCCCACACCCAUGGACCAUGACAUGUUUCCUUCCACACCCAUGGACCAUGACAUGUUUCCUUCCACACCCAUGGACCAUGACAUGUUUCCUCCCACACCCAUGGACCAUGACAUGUUUCCUCCCACACCCAUGGACCAUGACAUGUUUCCUCCCACACCCAUGGACCAUGACAUGUUUCCUUCCACACCCAUGGACCAUGACAUGUUUCCUUCCACACCCAUGGACCAUGACAUGUUUCCUUCCACACCCAUGGACCAUGACAUGUUUCCUUCCACACCCAUGGACCAUGACAUGUUUCCUUCCACACCCAUGGACCAUGACAUGUUUCCUCCCACACCCAUGGACCAUGACAUGUUUCCUUCCACACCCAUGGACCAUGACAUGUUUCCUUCCACACCCAUGGACCAUGACAUGUUUCCUUCCACACCCAUGGACCAUGACAUGUUUCCUUCCACACCCAUGGACCAUGACAUGUUUCCUUCCACACCCAUGGACCAUGACAUGUUUCCUUCCACACCCAUGGACCAUGACAUGUUUCUUCCCACACCCAUGGACCAUGACAUGUUUCUUCCCACACCCAUGGACCAUGACAUGUUUCCUCCCACACCCAUGGACCAUGACAUGUUUCCUUCCACACCCAUGGACCAUGACAUGUUUCCUUCCACACCCAUGGACCAUGACAUGUUUCCUUCCACACCCAUGGACCAUGACAUGUUUCCUCCCACACCCAUGGACCAUGACAUGUUUCCUUCCACACCCAUGGACCAUGACAUGUUUCCUUCCACACCCAUGGACCAUGACAUGUUUCUUCCCACACCCAUGGACCAUGACAUGUUUCCUCCCACACCCAUGGACCAUGACAUGUUUCCUUCCACACCCAUGGACCAUGACAUGUUUCCUUCCACACCCAUGGACCAUGACAUGUUUCCUUCCACACCCAUGGACCAUGACAUGUUUCCUCCCACACCCAUGGACCAUGACAUGUUUCCUUCCACACCCAUGGACCAUGACAUGUUUCCUUCCACACCCAUGGACCAUGACAUGUUUCUUCCCACACCCAUGGACCAUGACAUGUUUCCUCCCACACCCAUGGACCAUGACAUGUUUCCUUCCACACCCAUGGACCAUGACAUGUUUCCUUCCACACCCAUGGACCAUGACAUGUUUCCUUCCACACCCAUGGACCAUGACAUGUUUCCUCCCACACCCAUGGACCAUGACAUGUUUCUUCCCACACCCAUGGACCAUGACAUGUUUCCUCCCACACCCAUGGACCAUGACAUGUUUCCUUCCACACCCAUGGACCAUGACAUGUUUCCUUCCACACCCAUGGACCAUGACAUGUUUCCUCCCACACCCAUGGACCAUGACAUGUUUCCUUCCACACCCAUGGACCAUGACAUGUUUCCUUCCACACCCAUGGACCAUGACAUGUUUCCUUCCACACCCAUGGACCAUGACAUGUUUCCUCCCACACCCAUGGACCAUGACAUGUUUCCUCCCACACCCAUGGACCAUGACAUGUUUCCUUCCACACCCAUGGACCAUGACAUGUUUCCUUCCACACCCAUGGACCAUGACAUGUUUCCUUCCACACCCAUGGACCAUGACAUGUUUCUUCCCACACCCAUGGACCAUGACAUGUUUCUUCCCACACCCAUGGACCAUGACAUGUUUCCUCCCACACCCAUGGACCAUGACAUGUUUCCUUCCACACCCAUGGACCAUGACAUGUUUCCUUCCACACCCAUGGACCAUGACAUGUUUCCUCCCACACCCAUGGACCAUGACAUGUUUCCUUCCACACCCAUGGACCAUGACAUGUUUCCUUCCACACCCAUGGACCAUGACAUGUUUCCUUCCACACCCAUGGACCAUGACAUGUUUCCUUCCACACCCAUGGACCAUGACAUGUUUCCUUCCACACCCAUGGACCAUGACAUGUUUCCUCCCACACCCAUGGACCAUGACAUGUUUCCUUCCACACCCAUGGACCAUGACAUGUUUCUUCCCACACCCAUGGACCAUGACAUGUUUCCUCCCACACCCAUGGACCAUGACAUGUUUCCUUCCACACCCAUGGACCAUGACAUGUUUCCUUCCACACCCAUGGACCAUGACAUGUUUCCUUCCACACCCAUGGACCAUGACAUGUUUCCUUCCACACCCAUGGACCAUGACAUGUUUCCUCCCACACCCAUGGACCAUGACAUGUUUCCUUCCACACCCAUGGACCAUGACAUGUUUCCUCCCACACCCAUGGACCAUGACAUGUUUCCUUCCACACCCAUGGACCAUGACAUGUUUCCUCCCACACCCAUGGACCAUGACAUGUUUCCUCCCACACCCAUGGACCAUGACAUGUUUCCUUCCACACCCAUGGACCAUGACAUGUUUCUUCCCACACCCAUGGACCAUGACAUGUUUCUUCCCACACCCAUGGACCAUGACAUGUUUCCUCCCACACCCAUGGACCAUGACAUGUUUCCUUCCACACCCAUGGACCAUGACAUGUUUCCUUCCACACCCAUGGACCAUGACAUGUUUCCUUCCACACCCAUGGACCAUGACAUGUUUCCUUCCACACCCAUGGACCAUGACAUGUUUCCUCCCACACCCAUGGACCAUGACAUGUUUCCUUCCACACCCAUGGACCAUGACAUGUUUCUUCCCACACCCAUGGACCAUGACAUGUUUCUUCCCACACCCAUGGACCAUGACAUGUUUCCUCCCACACCCAUGGACCAUGACAUGUUUCCUUCCACACCCAUGGACCAUGACAUGUUUCCUUCCACACCCAUGGACCAUGACAUGUUUCCUCCCACACCCAUGGACCAUGACAUGUUUCCUUCCACACCCAUGGACCAUGACAUGUUUCCUUCCACACCCAUGGACCAUGACAUGUUUCCUCCCACACCCAUGGACCAUGACAUGUUUCCUUCCACACCCAUGGACCAUGACAUGUUUCCUUCCACACCCAUGGACCAUGACAUGUUUCCUUCCACACCCAUGGACCAUGACAUGUUUCCUUCCACACCCAUGGACCAUGACAUGUUUCCUUCCACACCCAUGGACCAUGACAUGUUUCCUUCCACACCCAUGGACCAUGACAUGUUUCCUUCCACACCCAUGGACCAUGACAUGUUUCCUUCCACACCCAUGGACCAUGACAUGUUUCCUCCCACACCCAUGGACCAUGACAUGUUUCCUUCCACACCCAUGGACCAUGACAUGUUUCCUCCCACACCCAUGGACCAUGACAUGUUUCCUUCCACACCCAUGGACCAUGACAUGUUUCCUCCCACACCCAUGGACCAUGACAUGUUUCCUCCCACACCCAUGGACCAUGACAUGUUUCCUUCCACACCCAUGGACCAUGACAUGUUUCUUCCCACACCCAUGGACCAUGACAUGUUUCCUCCCACACCCAUGGACCAUGACAUGUUUCCUUCCACACCCAUGGACCAUGACAUGUUUCCUUCCACACCCAUGGACCAUGACAUGUUUCCUUCCACACCCAUGGACCAUGACAUGUUUCCUUCCACACCCAUGGACCAUGACAUGUUUCCUCCCACACCCAUGGACCAUGACAUGUUUCCUCCCACACCCAUGGACCAUGACAUGUUUCCUUCCACACCCAUGGACCAUGACAUGUUUCUUCCCACACCCAUGGACCAUGACAUGUUUCUUCCCACACCCAUGGACCAUGACAUGUUUCCUCCCACACCCAUGGACCAUGACAUGUUUCCUUCCACACCCAUGGACCAUGACAUGUUUCCUUCCACACCCAUGGACCAUGACAUGUUUCCUCCCACACCCAUGGACCAUGACAUGUUUCCUUCCACACCCAUGGACCAUGACAUGUUUCCUUCCACACCCAUGGACCAUGACAUGUUUCCUCCCACACCCAUGGACCAUGACAUGUUUCCUUCCACACCCAUGGACCAUGACAUGUUUCCUUCCACACCCAUGGACCAUGACAUGUUUCCUUCCACACCCAUGGACCAUGACAUGUUUCCUUCCACACCCAUGGACCAUGACAUGUUUCCUUCCACACCCAUGGACCAUGACAUGUUUCCUCCCACACCCAUGGACCAUGACAUGUUUCCUCCCACACCCAUGGACCAUGACAUGUUUCCUUCCACACCCAUGGACCAUGACAUGUUUCUUCCCACACCCAUGGACCAUGACAUGUUUCUUCCCACACCCAUGGACCAUGACAUGUUUCCUCCCACACCCAUGGACCAUGACAUGUUUCCUUCCACACCCAUGGACCAUGACAUGUUUCUUCCCACACCCAUGGACCAUGACAUGUUUCUUCCCACACCCAUGGACCAUGACAUGUUUCCUUCCACACCCAUGGACCAUGACAUGUUUCUUCCCACACCCAUGGACCAUGACAUGUUUCCUUCCACACCCAUGGACCAUGACAUGUUUCCUUCCACACCCAUGGACCAUGACAUGUUUCCUCCCACACCCAUGGACCAUGACAUGUUUCCUUCCACACCCAUGGACCAUGACAUGUUUCCUCCCACACCCAUGGACCAUGACAUGUUUCCUUCCACACCCAUGGACCAUGACAUGUUUCUUCCCACACCCAUGGACCAUGACAUGUUUCUUCCCACACCCAUGGACCAUGACAUGUUUCCUCCCACACCCAUGGACCAUGACAUGUUUCCUUCCACACCCAUGGACCAUGACAUGUUUCUUCCCACACCCAUGGACCAUGACAUGUUUCUUCCCACACCCAUGGACCAUGACAUGUUUCCUUCCACACCCAUGGACCAUGACAUGUUUCCUUCCACACCCAUGGACCAUGACAUGUUUCCUCCCACACCCAUGGACCAUGACAUGUUUCCUUCCACACCCAUGGACCAUGACAUGUUUCUUCCCACACCCAUGGACCAUGACAUGUUUCUUCCCACACCCAUGGACCAUGACAUGUUUCCUUCCACACCCAUGGACCAUGACAUGUUUCCUUCCACACCCAUGGACCAUGACAUGUUUCCUCCCACACCCAUGGACCAUGACAUGUUUCCUUCCACACCCAUGGACCAUGACAUGUUUCUUCCCACACCCAUGGACCAUGACAUGUUUCUUCCCACACCCAUGGACCAUGACAUGUUUCCUCCCACACCCAUGGACCAUGACAUGUUUCCUUCCACACCCAUGGACCAUGACAUGUUUCUUCCCACACCCAUGGACCAUGACAUGUUUCUUCCCACACCCAUGGACCAUGACAUGUUUCUUCCCACACCCAUGGACCAUGACAUGUUUCCUCCCACACCCAUGGACCAUGACAUGUUUCCUUCCACACCCAUGGACCAUGACAUGUUUCUUCCCACACCCAUGGACCAUGACAUGUUUCCUCCCACACCCAUGGACCAUGACAUGUUUCCUCCCACACCCAUGGACCAUGACAUGUUUCCUUCCACACCCAUGGACCAUGACAUGUUUCUUCCCACACCCAUGGACCAUGACAUGUUUCUUCCCACACCCAUGGACCAUGACAUGUUUCCUUCCACACCCAUGGACCAUGACAUGUUUCCUUCCACACCCAUGGACCAUGACAUGUUUCCUUCCACACCCAUGGACCAUGACAUGUUUCCUCCCACACCCAUGGACCAUGACAUGUUUCCUUCCACACCCAUGGACCAUGACAUGUUUCCUCCCACACCCAUGGACCAUGACAUGUUUCCUUCCACACCCAUGGACCAUGACAUGUUUCUUCCCACACCCAUGGACCAUGACAUGUUUCUUCCCACACCCAUGGACCAUGACAUGUUUCCUCCCACACCCAUGGACCAUGACAUGUUUCCUUCCACACCCAUGGACCAUGACAUGUUUCUUCCCACACCCAUGGACCAUGACAUGUUUCUUCCCACACCCAUGGACCAUGACAUGUUUCCUUCCACACCCAUGGACCAUGACAUGUUUCCUCCCACACCCAUGGACCAUGACAUGUUUCCUUCCACACCCAUGGACCAUGACAUGUUUCCUUCCACACCCAUGGACCAUGACAUGUUUCCUCCCACACCCAUGGACCAUGACAUGUUUCCUUCCACACCCAUGGACCAUGACAUGUUUCUUCCCACACCCAUGGACCAUGACAUGUUUCUUCCCACACCCAUGGACCAUGACAUGUUUCCUCCCACACCCAUGGACCAUGACAUGUUUCCUUCCACACCCAUGGACCAUGACAUGUUUCUUCCCACACCCAUGGACCAUGACAUGUUUCUUCCCACACCCAUGGACCAUGACAUGUUUCUUCCCACACCCAUGGACCAUGACAUGUUUCCUCCCACACCCAUGGACCAUGACAUGUUUCCUUCCACACCCAUGGACCAUGACAUGUUUCCUCCCACACCCAUGGACCAUGACAUGUUUCCUUCCACACCCAUGGACCAUGACAUGUUUCUUCCCACACCCAUGGACCAUGACAUGUUUCCUCCCACACCCAUGGACCAUGACAUGUUUCCUUCCACACCCAUGGACCAUGACAUGUUUCCUCCCACACCCAUGGACCAUGACAUGUUUCCUCCCACACCCAUGGACCAUGACAUGUUUCUUCCCACACCCAUGGACCAUGACAUGUUUCCUCCCACACCCAUGGACCAUGACAUGUUUCCUUCCACACCCAUGGACCAUGACAUGUUUCCUCCCACACCCAUGGACCAUGACAUGUUUCCUUCCACACCCAUGGACCAUGACAUGUUUCUUCCCACACCCAUGGACCAUGACAUGUUUCUUCCCACACCCAUGGACCAUGACAUGUUUCCUCCCACACCCAUGGACCAUGACAUGUUUCCUUCCACACCCAUGGACCAUGACAUGUUUCUUCCCACACCCAUGGACCAUGACAUGUUUCUUCCCACACCCAUGGACCAUGACAUGUUUCUUCCCACACCCAUGGACCAUGACAUGUUUCCUCCCACACCCAUGGACCAUGACAUGUUUCCUUCCACACCCAUGGACCAUGACAUGUUUCCUUCCACACCCAUGGACCAUGACAUGUUUCCUCCCACACCCAUGGACCAUGACAUGUUUCCUUCCACACCCAUGGACCAUGACAUGUUUCUUCCCACACCCAUGGACCAUGACAUGUUUCCUCCCACACCCAUGGACCAUGACAUGUUUCCUUCCACACCCAUGGACCAUGACAUGUUUCCUCCCACACCCAUGGACCAUGACAUGUUUCCUCCCACACCCAUGGACCAUGACAUGUUUCUUCCCACACCCAUGGACCAUGACAUGUUUCCUCCCACACCCAUGGACCAUGACAUGUUUCCUUCCACACCCAUGGACCAUGACAUGUUUCCUCCCACACCCAUGGACCAUGACAUGUUUCCUUCCACACCCAUGGACCAUGACAUGUUUCUUCCCACACCCAUGGACCAUGACAUGUUUCCUCCCACACCCAUGGACCAUGACAUGUUUCCUUCCACACCCAUGGACCAUGACAUGUUUCCUCCCACACCCAUGGACCAUGACAUGUUUCCUUCCACACCCAUGGACCAUGACAUGUUUCCUCCCACACCCAUGGACCAUGACAUGUUUCCUUCCACACCCAUGGACCAUGACAUGUUUCCUUCCACACCCAUGGACCAUGACAUGUUUCCUCCCACACCCAUGGACCAUGACAUGUUUCCUUCCACACCCAUGGACCAUGACAUGUUUCUUCCCACACCCAUGGACCAUGACAUGUUUCCUCCCACACCCAUGGACCAUGACAUGUUUCCUUCCACACCCAUGGACCAUGACAUGUUUCCUCCCACACCCCUUUGUUACCACCGCACCAUGCCAUGCCAUGCCAUGCCGUGCGGGCGGGAAAGGUUCCUGGUGGCGGAUGGCAGAGACAACGAGGUUGAGGAACUGGUGGCGCUGCUCGCCUGGUGGGGUGGGGGGGACGUCGAGGGGUGGGGGGAGGUACGUAUGGAAUAG